AUGAACCCGAGCGCUCCUAGCUAUCCCAUGGCCUCCCUCUAUGUGGGGGACCUGCAUCCAGACGUAACCGAGGCCAUGCUGUACGAGAAAUUUAGCCCGGCUGGGCCUAUCUUGUCUAUCAGAGUGUGCAGGGACAUGAUCACCCGUCGAUCACUCGGUUACGCCUAUGUGAACUUUCAACAGCCCGCUGACGCCGAGAGAGCCCUGGACACCAUGAAUUUUGACGUGAUCAAAGGCAGGCCACUUCGCAUCAUGUGGUCUCAACGAGAUCCCUCGCUGAGGAAGAGCGGAGUGGGCAACAUUUUCAUCAAGAACCUGGACAAGUCCAUAGAUAACAAGGCCCUCUAUGAUACCUUUUCAGCAUUCGGAAAUAUCCUGUCCUGUAAGGUGGUUUGUGAUGAAAAUGGCUCAAAGGGUUACGGCUUUGUGCACUUUGAGACCCACGAGGCUGCUGAGCGGGCCAUUGAGAAAAUGAAUGGCAUGUUGCUCAAUGACAGAAAAGUAUUUGUUGGGCGCUUCAAGUCACGCAAAGAGAGGGAAGCAGAGCUUGGGGCCCGUGCAAGAGAAUUCACCAAUGUUUAUAUAAAAAAUUUUGGGGAAGAUAUGGAUGACGAAAAGCUCAAGGAGUUGUUUGGAAAAUAUGGACCAGCACUCAGUAUCCGUGUUAUGACAGAUGAAAGUGGAAAGUCCAAGGGAUUUGGCUUCGUUAGCUUUGAGAGACAUGAAGAUGCACAAAAGGCUGUGGAUGAUAUGAACGGGAAAGAACUGAAUGGCAGACAAGUUUAUGUUGGGCGUGCACAGAAAAAGGGUGAGCGCCAGAAUGAGCUCAAGCGCAAAUUUGAGCAGAUGAAACAGGACCGCAUGACCAGAUACCAGGGUGUCAACCUGUAUGUGAAAAACUUGGAUGAUGGCCUUGAUGAUGAGCGGCUACGCAAGGAAUUCUCUCCAUUUGGAACAAUAACAAGUGCUAAAGUUAUGAUGGAGGGUGGCCGCAGCAAAGGCUUUGGCUUUGUGUGCUUUUCUUCUCCAGAAGAGGCCACCAAAGCUGUGACAGAGAUGAAUGGACGUAUAGUUGCCACUAAGCCGUUGUAUGUUGCCCUGGCUCAACGCAAAGAAGAGCGUCAGGCCCAUCUAACCAACCAGUACAUGCAGAGGAUGGCCACUGUCCGGGCCGUGCCCAACCCUGUUCUCAACCCGUACCAAGCAGGUCCACCCUCUGGCUACUUUAUGGCAGCCAUCCCUCAGGCCCAAAACCGUGCAGCAUAUUACUCUGCCAACCAGCUGGCCCAGCUGCGUCCCAGCCCUCGAUGGGCCACUCAGGCAGUGCGUCCACAGCACUUCCAGAACAUGCCCAAUGCGAUGCGGCCUUCAGCUCCCAGGCCCCAGACUUUCAGCACCAUCCGUCCCGCUGCCACCACCAACACCCAGGUCCCACGCAUGAUGGCCUCUCAGCGAAUGCCCACCCAGGCCCUCAGCCAGCGCCCUGCCAGUGCUUCAGCCACUGCUGCCCCAGUGCGUGCAAUGCCACACUACAAAUAUGCCGCCGGUGUCCGCAAUCCUCAGCAACAUAUGGCCUCCCAGCCACAAGUCACCAUGCAGCAGCCUGCUGUCCAUGUCCAAGGACAGGAGCCUCUGACUGCCUCCAUGCUGGCUGCUGCCCCCCCUCAGGAACAGAAGCAGAUGCUGGGUGAGCGACUGUUCCCCCUGAUUCAGAACAUGCAUCCCAGUCUGGCUGGCAAGAUCACUGGCAUGCUGCUGGAGAUUGACAAUUCUGAGCUUCUUCACAUGCUUGAAUCGCCUGAAUCCUUGCGCUCAAAGGUGGAUGAAGCCGUUGCCGUACUCCAGGCCCACCAGGCCAAAGAGGCUGCUCAAAAGUCCACCACUCCUGCUGGUGUUCCCAGUGUCUAAGCUUGAGCAUUUUGAAACCUGCUUCACCGAUGGAAAAAGAGAAAAAAACUUAAACAUUGAAAAACCUAAAACACUGAAAACAUUGCAAAAUGAUAAAUUUUUUCUGAAAAAAAAAAGAAAACCAUUUACUCUGCCAGGUCUAGGGAUGGUUUGACUAGACCUUGAUCAUAUACAAAAAAGUUUUUGAAAAAAAAAAGCAAAAUAGCUAAAAUUGAAUUAAAUUUGAACCAUUCCUCUGUUUUAUGUCAUUUUACUGUUUUGAUGCUCAGAAUAUCAGCCAUGGUAUGGGAUGGAGGUACCAGAGCAUUUUUGAAAGUUUAUAGUUAACUACUGGCUAAUAAAUUCUCAUUCAAUUUG